AUGAUAACCGAAGAGAGCAAUACAAACAGCAAUAGCCAAAAUUCGGCUGUUAAAGUUCAGCCAACAGUAGCAACACCGGCUGAAAUUCAACAAUUUACUUCUUAUUUACUUCGUGUAGUUCCAAUAGCUACUGAUUUAAAUUCGACAAGUGAAAUAGAUAUAUUCAAACGAGCUUUGCAAGAAAAAACUACAGCUAUUGAUGGAAUACGACGGUUUUUAAGUGAUCCACAAUGUGUCGUAUUUUUUAUUCGUAUUACUCAACAAGGAAAAGAUGAAGAACAAGAUGCUGUUGACAAUACUGAAACAAAUGGGACAAAUUCAAUUCAAGUUGAAUUUUCAACAGAAACAACAUAUGCUGCACAAAAAGGGAUUAGUGUGGCAUUAAUUAAAGUGACACCAACAAUUGACAUGGAGAAAAAAAUAUCUCAACAAAUUCAUUUUACAACAUUUACAAAUCGAGCACCAGCAGAAAUAUUUCGAACAUUUCUUUCACAAGCAAUGACACCUUAUUUAAAAAGUUUUCUUCGCCAACAAAAAGAAAGAGAUCGUGAAAAAACAAUUGUUGUUCUUGAAGAAAAAUUAAAUGAAUUAGAAGCAAAUUUAUUACAAAUGAAUCAAACAGUUAAUAUUCCAGAUAUUAAUCUUAUUCCACAUGCAUGUAUAACUCAAGUACUUCGACAAUGUCAAGAAAAAAAUCAACGACCAAAUGUUGAUUUUUUUCGUGAAAAAGUUGAAGAUUCAAAUUUUCUUAAUCAAUUACAAGCAACUGUUAAUCGAUGGAUAAGAGAAAUUCAAAAAGUAACAAAACUUGAACGUGAUCCAUCAACAGGUUCAGCUAUGCAAGAAACAACAUUUUGGUUAAAUAUUGAACGUGCAUUAUAUAAAAUUCAAGAACAAAUGAGUAGUCCAGAAGUUUUAUUAACAUUAGAUGCAUUGAAACUUGGUAAACGUUUUCAUGCAACGAUUAGUUUUGAUUCGGAUACUGGUUUAAAAGAAGCUUUGGAUAAAGUAAAAAAUUAUAAUUUAUUAAUGAAAGAUUUUCCCAUGCAUGAUCUUUUAUCUGCAAAUGAUUUAUCAAAAUUAAAAAAUUCAAUAACAAUUAUUUUCAAUCAUCUUAAACGUGUUAGAAAUACACGUUAUCCAAUUAAUAGAAUUUUACGUUUUAUUGAAGCUAUUUCACGUGAUCUUAAUACACAAAUGAUUAAAAUUCUUUCAGCAACACACUUAAUUGAAAUUCCAUUUGCAAAAUUCGAUCAAAUUUUAAAUGAAUGUAUGGACAUUUUUUCACUCUGGGAUGAAGAAUAUGAAAAAUGUCAAGCUUUACUUCGAGAUAUGACAAAGAAGAAUGUUGUUAGCGCACAACAACUUAAACAAGCUUGGAAAAUAACACCUGAACAUAAGAAAUUACAAGGACGCUUAGAACAUUUGAGACAAUUUCGUCGUCAACAUGAACAAUUUCGAUCAGUCAUUGAACGUCUUUUAUCUAAACAACAAAAGCAACAACAAAUCGUUGAUUCAUCAAUAUCAAUCAUUAAAAUAGUUGAUCAAAGUGAUUCGAAUGCUGUUGAAGAAAUUCAUGAAGCUUUUGAAAGUUUAAAACAUAUUGAUAUUCUCGAAUGUUCUCCCGAAGGUACACAAAUUUGGAAUGAUACAAUAAAAAUUUAUGAAGAACGUAUUGAAAAAGUGGAACGACGUAUAACAACACGUCUGCGGGAACAAUUAGCCAAAGCUCGUAAUGCUAGUGAAAUGUUUCAGAUAUUUGCACGUUUUCAUGAUUUACUUAUACGACAACAUAUAAGAAAUGCUAUACGUGAAUAUCAAACACAAUUAAUUCAACGUGUUAAAAUAGAUAUUGAUCAAUUACAUGAAAAAUUUAAAGCUAAAUAUUCAGCUAGUAAAGCUAUGAAAAUGAGUCGAAUUACUGUUGAUAUACCAGUUGCAACUGGUUCGAUUAUUUGGGCUAAACAAAUUGAAAAACAACUUGUAAGAUAUUUAAAACGUGUUGAAGAUGUUCUUGGAACAGGUUGGGAAAAACAUGUUGAUGGACAACGUUUAAAAUUCGAAGGAGAUAGUUUUAAACAACGUCUUAAUACAGCACCUAUCUUUGAAGAUUGGCUUGAGAAGGUUUCAAGAAAAAGUAUGAGUGUUACUGGUUUUAUUUUUAGUAUUGAAACAGUACGAAUAUCAAAAGUAACAAUACUUCGAUUAAAAGUUAAUUUUACACCAGAAAUCAUUAUGUUAACAAAAGAGGUACGAAAUUUAAAAUGGCUUGGUUUUCGAGUACCAUUGCCACUUGUUAAUAAAGCUCAUCAAGCUAAUCAAAUUUAUCCAUAUGCUAUUGGUCUACUUGAAAGUGUUCGAGCUUAUGAGUUAUCAAGUACAAAAAUUAAUGCUGAUCAUGGUCAAGAUUAUUUAGUUGGCAGUAUGAAAAAAGAUAUUCAAAAUUUAAUUGUCGAAGGAACUAAAUUAGCUUGGGAAUCAUAUAAAUUAGAACCAUACGUUCAACGAUGUAUUGAAGCAUUUACAAGUUAUAAUGAAAAUGUUGAAGAAAUUCUUCGAUUAGAUAAUUUGAUGUUUACGUAUAUUAAUGAAUUAGAUGAAUGUGAAUAUCAAGUUGAUGUAUUUGCUGAAUUAUUAGAACAAACACAAAAAAUAGUUGAUGAAUUUUGUUUACAUGAUUAUUCAAAUUUUCCAAAAUGGAUUCGAAUUAUUGAUGAAAAAAUUGAAACAAAAUUAUUUGAUCGUUUACAAACAGCUAUUUCAUUAUGGAAACAGGCAUUAAUUAAACUAGAAAAAGGAAAAUUAAAAAGCAAAAAACGAAUGCGAUUAAAAAAAAUUGUUCUUGAAAUUCGAAUUGUCAAUCAAAUGUUGGUCUUAGUUCCACCAUUUGAAUCAGCUCGUGAACAACUUUUUAAUUCAUUUUUUGAUUGUCAAUCAAUUAUAACAUCACAAAAACGAAUUAAAAAUAGUCGUUAUCAAGUUAAUGCUGAAAUGGAUACACAAGAAGAAGAUCUAACAUAUAAUGAUCUAUUUAUAAAAUUUCCUGAACAAAGUAGUAUAUCAAUUAGUGAAGCUUAUCAUGCUAUUGAACAAUUGCUUAUUGAAGCAGAAACUUAUUUUCAAGGCUGGCUUAAAUAUCAAGUUCUAUGGGAUUUAGAACCAAAUGAUGUAUUUCAACGGUUAGGUACUAAUAUUCAAUCAUGGUUUGAAUGUUUAAAAGAUAUUAAAGAAUCACGUAAAACACUUGAUACACAAGAAACUUAUAAAUCAUUUGGUCCAUUAGUUAUUGAUUUUUCUAAAAUUCAAUCUAAAAUCGGUGUUAAAUAUGAUAAUUGGCACCAAGAUUUACUUCGAAAAUUUGGUCAAAUUAUACAAACAGUUGCUAAUGAUUUUUAUACAAAUAUUUCGGAGUAUCGAACUAAUCUUGAAACAAAAUCAAUUGAUUCUGGUAAUCUUGAUGAUAGUGUACAAUUAAUUGAUACAAUUGACACAGUUCGACAAACACAAAUUGAAGAUGAAAUUAAAAUGAAACAAUUAUUAGAAGCACAACGUUUACUUGAACGACAACGUUAUUCAUUUCCAGAUAAUUGGACAUCAAUGGAUACAAUUCAAAAUUCUUGGACAUCAAUGAAUGAUAUUCUUAAAAGAAAAGAACAAGUUGUUGAAACAAAAUUGGAUAAAAUUCAAGAAAAAGUUCGAGUUGAAGUUCAAACAAUUGAUACAAAAACAAAAGAAAUUCUUGAAGAUUGGGCAACGAAAAAACCCAUUGGUGGUGAUUUAAAACCUCGUGAUGCCAUUCGUCAAUUAGCUUUAUAUGAAGCUAAACUUAAUGAACAAUUAGAAAAACGAACAAAUCUUAAUAAAGCUAAACAAAGUGUUAAAAUGCAAGAACCAGGACAAGUAGAUCAUUUCGAAAAACGUCUACGUGCCGACCUUGCUGAACUCGAUGAAAUUCGUAAUGUUUGGAAAUCUCUUGAAAAUGUUUGUAAUCGAUUAGAAGAAUUAAGAGAUAUUCAAUGGAUAACUGUUCAACCUAAAAAAUUAAAAGCUAAUAUCGAAGAACUACUUUCCUUAAUGACAGCUAUGGUACCAUCAGUGAAAAAUUAUCAUUCUUAUCAUGCUGUUAAAAGUAAUAUUGAAAAUUAUCUUAAAAUGAUACCUUUCAUUAAUGAAUUAAAAUCUGAAGCAUUAAAAGAACGUCAUUGGAAAGAUAUGAUUAAAGUUCUUGAUUUAACAACAAUAUGGAAUAAUAUGUCUGAUUUAACAUUACGAGAUAUUUGGGAUCAAGCAGAUAAUUUAAAGAAAAAUGAAAAUUUAUUACGUGAUAUUAUGGUUAAUGCUCAAGGUGAAAAAGCAUUAGAAGAAUUUUUAAAACAAAUAAGUGAACAAUGGAAAGUUUAUCAAUUAGAAUUAAUUGAUUAUCAAAAAAAAUGUAAAGUUAUUAAAAGUUGGGAUGAUUUAUUUACUAAAGCAAAAGAAAAUUUAAGUAAUAUAUUAAGUAUGAAAUUAUCUCCAUAUUUUAAAUCAUUUGAAGCAGAAACACUUUCUUGGGAUGACAAACUUAAUCGUAUUAUAAAUAUAUUUGAUAUUUGGAUUGAUGUUCAAAGACGUUGGGUAUAUCUCGAAGGAAUAUUUACUUCAUCAACUGAUAUAGCACAAUUAUUACCAAAUGAAUCACAAAAAUUUCAAAGUGUAGCAAAUGAAUUUGUUGGUCUAUUAAAAAAAGUUGAAAAAUCUCCAUUAGUUAUUGAUGUUAUUGCUAUACCAAAUGUACAAAAAUUACUUGAACGUUUAGCUGAAUCAUUAACAAAAAUACAAAAAGCACUUGGAGAAUAUCUUGAACGACAACGUGCAGCCUUUCCACGAUUUUAUUUUAUUGGUGAUGAAGAUUUAUUAGAAAUGAUUGGUAAUUCAAAUAAUUUAUUACGUUUACAAAAACAUUUUAAAAAGAUGUUUGCUGGUGUUCAUGCAUUGAUUAUAAAUGAAAAUGAUCAAACAUUAAUAGAUGGUAUUCAAUCAAAAGAAGGUGAAGAAGUGAAAUUUUUUAAUCCAAUAUCUAUUAAACAAUAUCCGAAUAUUAAUGAUUGGUUAACUAGAGUUGAAAAAGAAAUUAGUUUAACUUUAGCAAAAUUACUUGCACAAUCUAUUCCACAAUUACUUACUAUUCAACGAAAUUUAACUGAUAAACAAGCAUUUAUUGAUUGGCUUGAUCAAUAUCAAGCUCAAUUAGUUGUACUUGCAUUUCAAGUAUCAUGGUCAGAAAAUAUUGAACGUUUACUUAGUGAUAAGAUAAAAAUUGAUUUACAAUCAGCACUUCAACAAAUUGAAUCUACACUUGGUAUAUUAGCUGAUUUAGUUCUUGCUGAUCAACCUACUGUAAGACGACGAAAACUUGAACAUUUGAUCAUUGAACAUGUUCAUAAACGUGAUGUAACUCGAGCACUAAUUGAUAAAAAAGUCGAUUCGGCAACUAAUUUUGAAUGGCUUGCUCAAAUGCGUUUAUAUUUUGAACCAAAAAAUCAAAACGUUCUUGAACAACUUAAAAUUCGAAUGGCUAAUGCAGAAUUUCAUUAUGGAUUUGAAUAUCUUGGUUUACAAGAUCGUCUUGUUCAAACACCAUUAACUGAUCGAUGUUUCUUAACAAUGACACAAGCUUUACAUGCCAAAUUUGGUGGUUCACCAUUUGGACCUGCUGGAACGGGAAAAACAGAAUCAGUUAAAGCACUUGGAAAUGCUCUUGGUCGAUUUGUACUUGUAUUUAAUUGUGAUGAAGCAUUUGAUUUUCAAGCAAUGGGUCGUAUAUUUGUUGGUUUAUGUCAAGUUGGUGCAUGGGGAUGUUUUGAUGAAUUUAAUCGUUUAGAAGAACGUAUGUUAUCAGCUGUAUCACAACAAAUUCAAACAAUUCAAGAAGCACUUCGACAACAAUCAAUGUCAAAUAAAAAUACAUUAAAAAUAGAACUUGUUGGUAAAAGUAUUACAGUUAAUUCAAAUAUGGCAAUAUUUAUUACGAUGAAUCCUGGUUAUGCUGGUCGUUCAAAUUUACCAGAUAAUCUUAAAAUGCUCUUUCGUAGUUUAGCUAUGACUGUACCUGAUAAAGUUCUUAUUGCACAAGUAAUGCUUUAUUCUCAAGGUUUUCGUCAAGCAGAAAUUUUAUCGAAAAAAAUUGUUCCUUUAUUUACAUUAUUAAGUGAACAAUUAUCUAAUCAAUCUCAUUAUGAUUUUGGUUUACGUUCACUUAAAAGUGUUCUUGUUAUGGCUGGUAAUAUAAAACGUGAAAGAAUUAAAAAUGAUAUUCAAAAUGAUGAUGAACAAGAAAUUGUUAUACAAGCUAUUAUGGAUAGUUUUGUUCCACGUCUUGUUGCUGAUGAUUUAGUUCUAUUAAAUAGUUUAUUAAAUGAUGUUUUUCCAAAUGCAACAUAUAAUCGACCAUCAAUGACUCGUCUUAGAGAAGAAAUUGAAAAUGCUGCGAAACAAAUGUAUCUUGUUUGUGAUCAAUUAUGGAUUGAAAAAGUUUUACAAUUAUAUCAAAUAACAAAUCUUAAUCAUGGUUUAAUGCUUGUUGGACCAACUAGUUGUGGUAUGCUAUUCAUUUAA